AGUGAAGAUACGCAGCAACAAAUUAUCAGAGAAACUUUCCAUCUAGUAUCGAAACGUGAUGAAAAUGUCUGUAAUUUCCUAGAAGGAGGAUUAUUAAUAGGUGGAUCUGAUAACAAGCUAAUUUACCGCCACUAUGCCACCUUGUAUUUUGUCUUCUGUGUGGAUUCUUCAGAAAGUGAGCUUGGCAUUUUAGACCUCAUACAAGUGUUUGUGGAAACACUGGACAAAUGUUUUGAAAAUGUCUGUGAACUGGAUUUAAUUUUCCAUGUAGACAAGGUCCAUAAUAUAUUGGCUGAAAUGGUGAUGGGUGGAAUGGUUUUGGAGACCAAUAUGAAUGAAAUUGUCACUCAGAUUGAUGCUCAAAAUAAACUGGAGAAAUCUGAGGCUGGUUUAGCAGGAGCUCCAGCCCGGGCUGUUUCAGCUGUAAAGAAUAUGAAUCUGCCAGAGAUCCCAAGAAAUAUUAAUAUUGGUGACAUCAGUAUAAAAGUGCCAAACCUGCCCUCUUUUAAAUAACAUGGCCACUCCAGGUAAAACCAAGGAAGAAAUGUAAUAGAGAUUUACCGCAUAAUUGUUUACUAAAUAAAUGACAUGUCUAACUUUUACUAUUUGGAUAAAACUCAAGGUACUGUAUAGACAUAAUUCAAAAAAUCAGUGUGUGGAGUUGAAUGUUGCUUUUGUCUUGUUUGUGAAAUUAAAGGAAAUGGGUAGUUCCAGUGUGACUUUUAAAUUACAUUCCUAUGCCCUUGUAAGGCAUAUCACUGUGUCCCGGCUGCUGCAGUAUUUUGGGAAAGUAUUUAAGAUGUUAUUUACUUUGUAUAACCUAUAAUGCUGAGUUUUUUGUAUAGUCAAUAAGGUCUAUAAUUAGUGCAUACCUUAACUGCGUUUGUCAUGAUAAUUUAAGACUUAAGUGCAAAUGUUGCAUGAAAACAGUAAACUCUUGUUUUGUUUAAAUAAAAUCAUAACAAACUGGACUUCUAAAUACCCGUUUGUCUGAAAUCUACUCUUUGUAAUAAAUCA